UCUAUAAUUGCCAUAAUUCCGACAGCACUUGAAGGCAGCAGCGUGCUUCAUAACACCUCAUUCGAACUCAUUGAAACAUUUUCUCACUGCUGAAGCCCGGAGAAAGGAGCCAUGGCUGCACUUUUUAAAGCAAGAAAAGCCCUCGGCGUGUGUCUCGCUGGUCGCCGCGGUCUGUCCCAGCUGGCCGAGCUACCGGAGACGCACCAGCUCCUCAGACAGACCUGCAGAGACUUCGCCGACCGAGAGCUGGCGCCGAUCGCUGCCCGGCUGGACAGGGAGCACGCCUACCCCGCCAAGCAGAUCCAGGAUUUGGGGGCGAUGGGGGUCAUGGCCAUGGAGGUCCCCGAGGAGCUGGGUGGAGCCGGGAUGGACUACCUGGCGUACAGCCUGGCCAUGGAGGAAAUCAGCCGGGGCUGUGCCAGCACGGGGGUCGUGGUCUCUGUAAAUAACUCUCUCUACAUCGGGCCGAUACUGAAGAACGGGUCAGAAGAACAGAAACAGCAGUGGAUCACGCCGUUCACCACCGGAGAGAAGGUGGGCUGCUUCGCCCUCAGUGAGCCAGGUAACGGCAGCGACGCGGGCGCGGCCUCCACGGUCGCCCGUCAGGACGGAGACGAGUGGGUGCUGAACGGAACCAAAGCCUGGAUCACCAACAGCUGGGACGCCUCCGCCACCGUCGUGUUCGCCACAACGGACAAGAAACUCAAACACAAGGGCAUCAGCGCCUUCCUGAUCCCCAUGCCCCACCCGGGGCUUUCUCUGGGGAAGAAGGAAGACAAGCUGGGCAUCCGAGCCUCGUCCACCGCUAACAUCAUCCUGGAGGACUGCCGGGUACCGCUGGGCAACAUGCUCGGGCCGCGUGGCGCCGGAUUCAAGAUCGCCAUGCAAACCCUGGACAGCGGACGCAUCGGCAUCGCUGCUCAGGCUCUCGGGAUCGCUCAGGCGUCUCUGGACUGCGCCGCGGACUACGCUCUCAAACGCACCGCCUUCGGAUCCCCGAUCGGCAAGCUGCAGGCCGUACAGAUCAAACUAGCCGACAUGGCUGUGGCGAUAGAGAGCGCUCGUCUGCUCACCUGGAAGGCUGCUCUGCUUCGGGACUCAAAGAAACCCUUCACCAAGGAAGCAGCGAUGGCCAAACUGGCGGCGUCCGAAGCUGCGACGUUCUGCUCACAUCAGGCGAUCCAGGUUCUGGGCGGGAUGGGGUACGUGUCGGACAUGCCCGCCGAGCGGCACUACCGCGACGCUCGCAUCACCGAGAUCUACGAGGGAACCAGCGAGAUCCAGAGACUGGUGAUCGCCGGCCAGCUGCUGAAGGAGUACCAGUCGUAGACCCACGUCUGUCGGGGCCUUUUGGUUCGACGUGGACUCGCAUUCUCCCAGAUCUGGAGUCGGAUAAGUCCACCAGGACACCACACCUCAUCCGUAAGAGACCCAGAAGAACCAGUACGAGGACGCUUUGGCGGUGGCGUCGAUCGGAGACGACGAUACAGACGUUUAGAGGAAAACUCACGAUUCUUUGAGUCCAUUUCCUUUGCUGGAAAUUCAGGAAUUAAUAUUUAACUCUGAGUUUUACGGUUUUUCUCCGCUGCCUUAAUGGGAAUAUUUCUGCAUCGCCGAUUUUUAAAGGGUAAUUUCACUAAAAU